UGCAUGGCACAGCAGCGCCUGAGCUCUCCCCCUGAACCUCUCCAUCAGCGAGAGUGAACAUUUCCUGUUUCUUCUAUCAAGCAGCGCCACAGUUGGCAUGUCAGUGCUCCAGGGAUGCUCCUCCACAGAGACUGAAAUGAGCUGAAGUCAACUUUUAUUAGUUUUUAAUCCUCACAUCCAUCCCUCUGCUUCUCAAGCAGCAAGAUCUUUCAUUCAACAAUGAUGCCUCUCAGCACGAAAGAAUAUCUGACUCUGCUAUGGGGAAUUUCUUUUUUGUUUUCUAUGGAGACCCAGAGUGCUUCUCUGCCGGAGACCAGCAGCAGCAACUCAACUGCUGAACCAAACAAGUCAAGCAGGCCGCUCACCACUGCACAUGUACUUGAUAAUGAAAGAGAGAUUCAGUCUGCGACCUGGGCUCCAACUCACAGACCUGCAGAAGUUACUGUUGCUGCAACAGCAGAGACCACUGUGUUACCCACGAUGGAAACCAAAGAGGCAGAUGUGAAUAACAAAAGUGACAGCUCAAAUGGCAGCGUGGCUGUCGAGCGCCCAGUAGCAGCAACUGCAAGCAGCUCGGGUCCGCCAUUUCUUCAUACCUCCGCAGCGCUGACCACAGCUGGAGGCGAUGCUCAACCUUCCCAUAAUACAAUGGCCUCAGAAACAGCCAAACCUACAGAGGCGUUAAAGCAACAAUGGCUCACCACUUCUAAUAACGUUACAGCUCCUGCAACAACUUCUGCGACAACGUCUGCAGCAUCUUCAGCAGCAGUGGCUGUGUUUUCGCCACAGCCCUCGUCCAGCGCCAAGCCUGAUGUUCCAUCCAAGUCAUCCUCCAGCACCACUCCUGAUGAUUCAACUCAGGCUCCACACUUCAUCAGCAGUCCCCCAGCUUCUACUAUGACCAACAUGGCAACAAACCCUGCCUCUGAGGUAGCACCUGUGUUUGACAUCACUUCUUUACCCGUCACAGUAGCUGAGAAAUCCACCACCAGCGCUGAGCUCUCUACGUCUCAGCCCCUUUCUGACACAACACCCCGCAGCUUCACAUCACAGUCUCCUGACACAACAGGGUCGAGCUCUACCACUGAUUCUCGCACCGCCACAGUGUCAAAUGACUCUGCUAUCUCCACUUCCGCCGCCUCUACCAGUCCAGCAGGAAUCUUGAUCCCUCACGUUCCUGAGACAAAUCCGACGACGAGAUCAACUCCAGCAGCGCCUCUUGAAGUCUCAAAGAGCCCACCCAGCACUGAGGUCAGACCCUGCUCUACCCGGGGCGUGGUGACGCAGUGUCUCAUCGCCAUCGCCUCCCUGGCUGGGUUGGCCACCAUCUUCAUGGUUUCUACCAUCAUCCUAUGCACCAAGCUGUCAGCAAGGAAGUACAAGGUCAAGAAACCUCAGGAGGCGACUGAGAUGAUGUGCAUCUCUGCCCUGCUGACUGAGAGGAAUUACACCUACACAAGACAACGCAGUCCGGUAACUAACGGAGUCCUGGUGCUCCCCAGUGACGGAGACAGCGACGAGGAAGGAGGAGAUAACCUCACUCUCAGCAGCUUCCUUCCAGAAAAUUACCGUUUUGUUUAGUUGGAUUUAUCACUACUGACAGGACUUUAUCAGACCCCAGAUUGGACGUAUUUGGCUGCUGGCAGUGAUGUGGAAACGGUUGCCAUGUUAAUAAUCCAGUGUUUUCUGUUUGAGUUUGCUGGUUUUGCUUCACUGCAUGUCAUAUUCCUGUGCAGGAAGAGACACAGAAACCACAAACACACAAGCACACACACACAGAUACAAAAAGAAAGAAAAAAACAGUUACUGUUUCAUGUUCAUGUACCAUUAAAUGGGUCCGGCAUUUGGUGAGGUCAGGUCAUCAAAGUUGUAUUUUCAGCAAGAAUGAACAUGUUUUCCAUAAUUUUACACCUGCCCUCAAAUGGAGACUUCAAGCCAGGAUGAGGAGCGUGAUCGAAUAAUUUUUUUUUAACAUCCUAAGCUGAGACCUGAUGGUGUUUCACUUAGGGAC